AUGGGUGCUAGAGUUUUAUGUGUUGCAGAGAAGCCUGCCAUCGCCAAGGCGGUUGCUCAGCAUCUUUCUGGUGGUUCAGUAUCGAUUCGCGGCAAUAAGUAUGUUAAGAAUUAUGAGUUUCAAUUUGCAUUUGGCCCUCCGUGGGGCCAUUCUACGGUCACAAUGACCAGCGUCAUUGGUCAUUUGACAGAGCUAGACUUUGAACCACAGUUAAGGCACUGGCAGUCUUGCCCACCUGCCCAGCUUUUCGAUGCACCUGUAAUUGAAGGUGUAGCUAAAGAGAGAGUUAGCAUCGCUCAGAAUAUUCGAGAUAAAGCACGACAGGCGGAUGCUCUCUUUAUUUGGACUGAUUGCGAUCGUGAGGGAGAACAUAUUGGGGCAGAAGUACGAACCGAAGCUAUUAAGGGUAACCCUGGAAUUGAAGUUAGGAGAGCCAAAUUCAGUAAUACAGAGAAAGCCCAUGUGAUGCGAGCAGCAAAGAACCCGAUAAAUCUUGAUGAGCGACUGGCUAAUGCUGUUGCCGCUAGGAUUGAAUUGGAUCUCAGGAUAGGAGCUGCCUUUACACGACUUUUAACACUGCAACUUGGUACCUUAGGAGAUCCUCUCAGCAAACGCCUGAUUAGUUACGGCUCGUGCCAAUUUCCCACUUUGGGGUUUGUCGUCGAUCGGUACUUUCGAGUAAAGAACUUCAAACCAGAGCCAUUCUGGUCAAUAAAGGUCUCACAUGCCCGGGAAGGAAAGACGGUAAACUUUAGCUGGAACCGAGGUCAUUUAUUUGAUAGAGCUGCCGUGGUUGUAUUGUUUGAAAGAUGUUUAGAUGCCAAAACAGCGAAGGUUAUAAAGGUUAACAAAAAGCCUACGAAGAAGUGGCGCCCUCUACCUCUGACGACUGUCGAUUUGCAAAUGAUGGGCAGCAAAUUUCUUCGCAUGGAUAGUAAAAAGGUUAUGAAAAUAGCAGAAACAUUGUAUACUAAGGGGUUCAUAAGUUAUCCACGUACCGAAACAGACCAAUUUGACAAAGCGAUUGAUUUGAGAAAGCUUGUUGAAAAGCAAGUUCAAGAUACGACAUGGGGUCAAUAUGCUCAAAGCCUAGUAAACGGCGGAUUCCAACAACCGCGUUCAGGUCGCCACAACGACAAAGCCCACCCCCCAAUUCACCCAGUGGCAUAUGUAGCCCCUUCAGCGAUCAACGCUGAUGAAAGACGCAUAUACGAAUUUGUCGUCCGUCGAUUUCUCGCCUGCUGCUCCGAAGACGCGAAAGGCGAAACAAGCGAAGUUGAUAUUGACUAUGGAGACGAGAAGUUUCAUGCUAAGGGACUUGUCGUUUUAGAACGCAACUAUCUUGACAUAUACGUAUACGACAAAUGGGAAAGCAGCCAGGAACUUCCCAAAUUCACUGUUGGUGAAAUGUUUGAGCCCAAAGAGGCAAACAUCACAGACGGUAAAACGGUGUCUCCAAAUUAUCUCACGGAGCCAGAGCUAAUUGGCCUCAUGGAUGCUAAUGGCAUCGGAACGGAUGCUACAAUGGCAGAUCACAUCCACACCAUCAAAGAACGUGAAUACGUUGCAACUAGGCCCCGCAAUGGAAAUAGCCGGAAUUCAGUGGAUGAAUUCAUUCCAACAAAGCUUGGGGUGGCCUUGGUUGAAGGAUAUAAUGAUUUGGUACUCGAUCUGGCUGACUGUCCCAGUCUCUGCAAGCCAUUUUUACGGAAAGAAAUGGAGUUGCGUAUGCGCGAUAUAUGUGCUGGCACCUUGACUAGAAGACAGGUUGUCAAUGACAGCUUAGAGAUGUAUCGACGGGUAUUUGUUCACACACAGCGGAGAAUGGAUAUCCUCAAACAGGCUUGUAGAAAAUAUGUUUUUGACCAGGGUGAGUAA